GUGCCGGCCCGUUGCCGCGGGGACGGGGACGCGGCCGGGGCGGCUGUGGGCCGUGCGGCGGCACCGGGGCCGGAAAGCGGGGCCGCGCCGAGGCCGGCUUUCCCCGGCUCUUCCCGCUCGCCCUGGGCUCGGGGCUGGAGCUGGGGCGUCCCUGGGCCCUCCCGGAGCGAAGCGGUGCAGCGCGGCACCUGUUGAGCGUUCCCGGCUCCUCAGUGUGAGUCCCGGGCCUCGGCUCGUGCUGCCCCCACCCGGCCUCAGCGGCUGCAAAUCCCCCCUGAGAGGUGAGCAGUGGGUGUUGAUAUGGACAGUGCCUCCUCUUUGCAGUACCUUGCCAAACUGCUUAGUAAUGCUCAAGAAGGUGAUGAUGAUGAUGAUGAUGAACACGUGCCACACUGUUCUGUCAGCUCCAUGACUCCUGGUAGUAUUGGACCGGUAAAGAGAGAGACCGCUGGUACUUCUCAAGUGAAAUCUGAAACCAGGAAAACUAUUUGGAAUACAGAGGAGGUCCCAGAAGGUUCUGAAUAUGAUGAUACCUGGGACCCUAGAGAACAGCCAGAGUAUCAGAUUUUAUUCAAACAGUGUGUGGGCACAGAGGAUGUCUUCUUUGGGAUGAGCAGGAAAGACCACUCCACAGCCUGCUGUGAAGAUAUGGUGAUUAAAAUCAAGCUGCCAGAGACAAAGUACUCAGACAUUACAUUAGAUAUCCAGGACAAGGUUCUUGACCUUCGAACUCCCCAAAAAAAGCUGCUGCUGCACCUGCCCUACCCUGUAGACAGCAAGAAUGGUAAAGCUUGUUUUCUCUCUGAAGAGGAGACCUUGGAAGUCACCUUAAGACUAUCAAGGGAGUUUGAUUUCAUAAAUUUUUUCUGAUGGAUAGAGGAAUAGAAAGUUUGCAAAAAGUAAUCUCUUAGUUUGAAGUCUUGAAGCCUAACUGGUCAUGAAGUAGUAGAUUGUUUCUCUUGAACAGUUCAGGGAGAAUCUCUCUGGAGAAAGUGAAUGAGUCAGGAAGAACAUAGCAUCCAUAAGUUCUAUAGACUGAGGCUGUCCAGCUCUUGCACUUCUCUCAUUAAUGUUCUGCUUCCUUCAGUCUGAUACAGGCUCUGUGAAUCAGAAAAUAUAUUACAAUUCUGUAAGCCAAAGAAAGUCUUUUUGUGGUUAUGGCUGAUAAAUAGCACUAUGAUUCUAGAAAUGCAGCUCUGGGCAAUGAGUCUGGUGCUUAGUUACUGUUGCAAGACUUGCAAGUGGUAAUAUUCUUGCUUGGCCUCCAAUGCUGGGACUGGGGCCAGUUCAGAAUCUCCUCUUAGCUACUUCUUGAUGAGAAGAUCAGAGCUCUUCGGGGUUCCAUAUCCACAUCUGAGACUGCUUUACACUGGCAGAACAAGGUAACCAGCUAUAGUCAGAUCGCUGAAUAGCUUAGCUCUUUUGAACAAUUUUUGACGAUGUAUGGUUCAGCGUCAUCUAUAUACCUGCUGUCCAUCCAGCUAUUUUUCUGACCUUUCUUGAUUAAUAAAAGAAUGUGUUCU